UUGACAUUCUCUGCAAACGGUCACAUUGCUUGGCGGCUUCAACAAAAUUUUCGGGAAAAAAUAAAUAAGCAACUUAUAUUAACUAUAAAAAUGAACCAAGAUCCCGAAGAGCAAUCAUUUCAAAUGCAGGCCCUUGAAAUACGCGAACCGGAUGCCAAUUUUGAUCCAGAGAAGCCACCAGAGUCCGGGGAGGAGUACUUAAUGCACAUGGCCUACGAAAGGAAACGCUGCCCGGCUGUUGUGACCAAAAGAUCUUCGAAAAUCAAGGAUUCUCCUACCAACUGUUUAAUUAAUUACUCUUCCUUUUUUCAGCCCGCUUUGCCACCUUUUAGGUGCCUGCUUCCCACACCGGAAUGGCGACAGCAACAGGUAAAAUCCUUUCAAAUUGCUCGCUCCCAGGUGCUCAUCCUACGCAAGGAGCUGGCCCAGAAUAACUACGAUCAAGGGGCUGAACCGCCUCUAACCUCCGAUCAGGAGAAGUGGCAGGAAUUCUGCCGGAAUCAACAGCCCCUGCUCAGCACAAUACUGCAUUUGACUCAAAACGAUUUAGAGCAUCUCCUGGAAAUGCUAAGCAACUGGCUUCAAGCCGAGGAGGUAGAUCUUCUCCAGGAUGUAUGGCUAGCCCGCUGGCUGUAUGCCACCUUGGUGUGCCUGCAUCUGCCACUGGAACCAUAUGUCUUCAGCACUUUGCGUUACAUUGCUCGUUCCUGCAUCCAUCUCAGAAAUCAAUUGAAGGCUGAGGAAAGCCAGCGAGCAGCGCCCUAUAAUCUAUUACUAACACUUAUACUAGAUGUCUUUGCACAGACUGAUUUUAAGGAAUAUAUAUAAGCUUCUCAUCAUA